AUUUGCUUACAUUAUAGUAAUGGAUUAUAAGUGGUAUUGUCUUAGUCUUGGUUGCUUAUUCAAUAAAACUGGUGUGUGAGUGUAAUUCUAGAGGAGAUAACAAUUUAGGUAUAUACCGAUAUUUAAUAAGAUAUUUCUUUAAAAAUUCCUUGUCAGUAACCAUGAAAACUCAUAUUGAGGAAAAUGCACAAUAUCAAAAUGAGAAAGAAGAACAAAAGCCUGAGAAACUAGUGGCUCCUCAAGCUGGACCAUGGAAAUUCAAGAUAAUCUACCACGUUGUUGUGGUUUUACUUGUUUCUCAUUUGUUUGGUUUUUAUGGCGGUUACCUUUUAGUAAAAAAAGCGAAAAUACAAACUAUUAUCUUCACUGUGUUCCUAACAUCCAUUUCCAUGCUUGGAAUCACAGCAGGCGCUCACCGGCUCUGGUCGCACAGGGCAUACAAAGCUAAAACUCCGUUGCAAAUUUUACUUGCCAUUUUCUUCCUGCUGACGAGCCAGCGCUCCAUCGUGACAUGGGUGGAAAACCAUCGAUUGCAUCACAGGUUUUCUGACACUGAUGGAGACCCCCACAACGCGACUAGAGGAUUCUUUUUUUCAACUAUAGGAUGGACGGCUGUAGAGCCACAUCCGAUCGUUGUUAGAGAAAAAAAGUUGAUCGAUAUGACAGAUUUACUACAAAAUCCCAUAAUAAGAUUUCAACAUAAAUACAUCGAAAUUAUACUUAUAGUAGUCGCAUACGUUAUUCCCACAUACAUCCCAACCUUGUGGGGGGAAUCAUUAUAUAAUGCCUACUUCAUCAACUUUUUCAGAUUGGUUGUAGUGCUCACUAUAGCAGGCCUAAUUAAUAGUGUGGCACAUAUCUGGGGAUAUAAACCAAUCGACAAAACAGUUGUUGGAACACAGUUCUUGGCGGUGGGAGUUUUGGCAUUUGGAGAAGGUUUCCACAAUUAUCAUCAUGUGUUUCCUUAUGAUUAUCGGACGUCAGAAGUAGGGGAUACUAAAUACAACUUUACAGCGCUAUUUAUAGAUUUAAUGGCUAAAAUUGGAUGGGCAUACGAUCUCAAAGCAGUACCAGAAGAGACUGUAAGAUCUAGGGUAUUGAGAAAAGGAGAUGGAUCUGACAAAUAUUAUCUUUAAAUAGAGAAACUCAAGUCACACUUUUUGAACAGCUCCUAGGUAUCUAUAUACCUAGACAGUAGAUAAAACAUUGAUUUGAUGCUAUUUUUUUAUUAAAAGCAAUGGAUAUUUUCACACAGCCGACAUGAGCAGUUUCUUUACAUUUGUUGUUUCCUUAAGACCUUCAAUCUAGAGAACUAGGUAAUUUGUAUUCACGAUAAAAGAAGAAGAAAUCGAAGAAGGUUUGUCCUAUGGCUUAAAUCAAUUGGAAUAAAAGAAAUCCUGAAACGCGGAUGCAGAGCAACAAGCGAUGUAGAGGACAUUCCAAAUAUUGUUGUGUGAAUCCCAUCCGCCGUAUUUAUUAAUUUUCUAAUGGUGAACACAUUAAUAGUCUACACAGAAGUAAUAAUGAAGAACCAAGUAUCUUCUAAUAAUAUUUAUUAGAUAAGGAGUUUUACAUCAAGUAUUGUGAUGAACUUUCUCCUAUGAACCACCACAUUUACAACGAUUCUGUAGUAGCUCCUUGAAGUAACACCACUACGUAUUAUUCUUAUAUAUCGUAUGUAUCAUUUUACAAAUAUUAAGUCAAAAGUUAAAAUUGACAAAAUGAACAAAUUCUGACUUUGCUUAAUGACAUAGGUAUAGCCGAACGUGACCUUUUAGUCUUUUGUCUACCCCACAAGGGAUAUAGACGUGAUUAUGUAUGUAAAUGUAUGUUUUUAGAUUUAAAGACAUAGAUUUAUUAAACAAUGUACCUUAAUAGAAUAUAUACAAUACUUGUUUAAUAGGAUAUUCGUUGCAAUAAGAAUAUCUAGCUAUCUGGUCUUGCCCAAUGUAGGUAUUCAAAUGUAUUUCUUUUAAUUAAUGUAAGUAAUGUAAAAAUUUAAACAAUUUCUUUACAAUUAUAAAGAUAAUAAUGCAACAUUUUAACGAAAACGUUUGAUUUGUUUCCCGAUCAUAACGAAAAAUCUGAUCCAAAUGCCGGUAAGUAGGUAU